AUGGAGCUGCAUUCCCAAGAAUCACCGCACGAUAAAUAUGGUGUAACACAACCACCACAACCACCACAGUCGAGUCAUUUUAAAUCUUCACCACCACAAUCGAGCCAUUACAAGUCGUCACCUCCAUCUACUUUUUCCAAAACACAGCUGCCUCUACCAUUCACAGCAACACCUAAUAUGGUCAACUCGCAGGGUCAAGAAACUUUUUAUAAACUAUUCACAUAUACUGUUAUCCUAUUGCCCACAUUAACGUCAAUUUUGUUCCCAAUAAAUUCAACAAAUAUCCCUAAAAAUGAACAAAUUGGCAAUUUUAUUAUUGAUUUGUUAACCGUGGUGUUGAUAAGUUGGGUAGUGAGGUUUACAAUAGAAUGGCCAUACAACUGGAUGAAACAGCUUCAAACUACUAAAACAGCUCUAUUAAAACAGUUGAAACAAGAAAAUAGGGAAAACAAUGAUAAAAUAAUCAUGUUGGUUAGGAAAAUCUAUACUUUUGAGGUAAUUGCAUUAUUGUGCUGUUUGGUAUCGUCAAUAUUUAGCUCAACGUUACUUAUAUGGACUAGAAAAUACACUAUAAUAGAUCAAAAGAGGAAAAAAAUGGUUUUCAAUAAUGUCAAUAUAGCAUUGUUGCAGUUUUGGUCAAUUUUUAGAAUUAUCGUCACAUUUACCGACCUGUUGCAAAACUCAUCGUUGAACAAUAGUCAAGUUUAUAUACAAAAUUCAAAUUUCCAAAAUUGGUUUCAAGAUUUGAAACACUACUUUCUACCUAACUUGACAAACCAAAUAUUAUUGGAUCAUUUACAAUCUCAUAACAAAGAAUUUGAUAAGUUGAAGUUAGAUUUGCUCAAAUUGCGUAAGGAAAUUGAUGAGAGAACUUAUGUUGAAUCACUUACACCACCAAUUGACAUACAGUGUGAGCGGCAACGUAGUCAGCUUCAUCAUCAGCUUCAUCAGAGGCGACAACAACAACAACAACAACAACAACAACAACAACAACAACGUCAUUUACCGAGCUCUGAUCAUAGUCAAAGUGAGGCGCAAACAAAUUUGAUCUCACCAUUCCCAUUGAGUCUCUCUCCUAGAGAUUCACCUUCAGUAUCACCGACUCAGACUCUGUUUGAGCAAUCAGCAACAUCUCAACUACAAAAACGUCGAUCCUCGCUAACCUUGGGGAAACCUCCAUUAAAAACUAUAAUCGAGGAAGAUGACCUAGUAUUUGAAUCGCUUGAUUGCCCAUCCUUUAGCAAAUUUGAUGCUAAUCGUACUGACAUCCUUCACCAAAAAUCCUUUUUGGAAAAUCUUGGCGAAGUUCUCAAAUCGAUAAGGGAAGAGUUGACUUUGUAUGAUAUCUACAAUAAUCCCAAGAUUGUACGGAAAAUAUUAGUAAAUGAAUUAACCCCCCUUAUUAACCAAAUACAAUUCCAUGACUAUGAAAUUUCGAAAACAUUUUUGAUGGAAAUGUUUGACAAAUACUUGUUAGGUAUUUAUGUUCAUAUAAUGGAACACAUCUUGGAUAUUGUUCGUCAUCCUUUUCAACACGUAUUUAGCAUGAUAAUCUGGGUAGUUUUUAGGAUACCCUUUUACGCUACCAAGUUAUAUUUUAAGGUUUUGAUCUUCAUUGUUCUGUUGAUAAUAGGGUGGACAAUAAUCCGACCUUUAAACCUUACAGGCUUUAUUGUGUUUAGUAUUGUGUUUUUUCCCUUCAAAAGCAGGCAACCUAGAUUAAUAAGAGCAAAUGGUGGUGACAAGGAUAAAGUUACACCCUCACCCAAUUGCAGUCCAUCAACUCUGAUGAAACAAUUGAUGCUUGAGAACCUGCCCACUAAUACUUUCAAUAGCCAAUUCUCUAUGAAACAAUUUCAUUUAUCACCCAUAUCAGCAAAAGAAGAAGGUGGGACAAGGGUCGGCAGUGCUUUUCCUACAUUUGCGACAGCUGGAUCAAUACCAGCUAGAAAGUACAAGUCGCCAUUGAUUUCUGUGACUCCCAAUUCCACUCAUAAAUACAGUAGUAAUCUCGUUGGAAAGAGUCUUGGAUACGGUCAUACUUCUAGCACAUUAUAUGGUGAUUAA